AUGCGCUGUCUUCGACACCCUUUUCCUGGGCGACAAUGCGAUGUCCUUCAAUUGCGCAGCAACAUACUUGGUUUCGUCGCGGCACACGAUGUGUGUCCGUUACACUGCUCAAGUUGCUUCUAUGCUGCAGACACGGGUGUGCGCACUGGCUCCUUGCAUUCGGAUGUCAGUAGCCGGGUCACAUUCGCUUCGAUAGGGCCAAGACGCUUGUUGCGAGGUCUUGUCUGCGCUUUGUGCCUUCGUCUGCGUUCACCGGUGCCGAGAUGUGGAAACCUUAACCCUCUCUAUAGCCAGAACAUCCUCAUCGCAGCUUCGCUCACGGCAAUUGGCGGCCGCUAUGUCGUCUGCUACGUAUGCGUUGGCUUGCCAUCGCCGAACCUUCUGCCAAGCUGGGUUUCCGUCGGGUUGCAUGUGCGUCUGCUACGCCGUACAGUACAGCGCCUUGCAGGACGGGCGAUGGUCGCGCCUGUCGAUUUUCUGCUCUGCAUGCGCAUUGAGUCACUCAAUGCCACGGAGCCCGAGAACUUGCUGUUAGUCGCGUCUCUUGUCUACCCCCGUGUUGCUGUGCUACCGAGAAUCAUCACUGAGCGAGACUUGCAGGCUCGCAUUGGGGGCCAAGAUCUCCCGAUGCAGGGCGACCCCAGGUUUGUCGUGCUCGCCAACCACAAUGCCAGGCUCUCCCCGUUGCUGUAUCACUAUGAAUCAAUGGGCCACUGCCACGUAUAA